AUGAAGGCCGCGGUCGAGUGGUUCCGCAAAGACUGCGCGAGCGCGGAGGCGCGCGCGAGUGGGCGCGUGACGCCGCAGCUGCUCUCCCCCGUGCGCGUGAAGAUCGAGGGCGGGGAGUACCGGCUGGAAGAGGUGGCGACGGUGGGCGUGCGCGAGGGCUCGACGCUGCUGGUGACUCUGUUCGACGAAUCCACCAUGAAAGCCGUCGAGAGCGCCCUUUAUGAGUCGAAAUUGCCCAAUAUUGUGCCUCAGCGGCAGGACGUGCGCACAAUCAAGAUCCCCAUACCGAAACCCACAGUUGAAGCGCGCCAGCGUCUACACACCGAAGCCCAGCGCAAGGCCGAAGACACGCGAGUACAACUGCGCAAGCAGAUGCAGACCAGUGUCAAGAAGGGCAAGUUCGAAAAGCACUCAGUCGAGCUGGAAGAGUACCAAAAACUUCUGGACCGCAGUAUCGAGGAGGUCGACAAGACCUUAGCACAGAUGAAGAAGGUCGCGGGAGGGAAAUAG